AUGAAUCAGCCCGAAAUAGAAACUGAAAUGAAGCGGCGGCAGUGGCAGCAGCACGAUAUUUAUAGAGAUACCCUUAUUGGCAGGAGUAUGAUCAGCGAAGUUGGGCUGGUACAAAGAAAUAUCAACUUUGAGCCGGAUCAAGAGCCAGAGUACCGAAAAUGUCGAAACCCAAGUCCCGAGGGAGACGCUCCCAUUUAUCGUUUGAAUCCACCAGAGGAUCCAAGGGAUCCUCAACCGGAAUGUAAUUUUGCAGAAAAUGGCCAAAUAACACCUUCGAAAUGUCGAGGAAAUUCUUUGCUUUAUUUUAUCGCAGGAUAUGUCGUUGGAAUAUUAUUGGUACUGAUCUGGUACUACAAAAAUCCUCAAAGGGCAAGCAGUGAUCUAAAUCUCAAAUGGAUUUUUAUUGUGGUGCUCUUUCUUGUAUUGUUGAUAUUGGUUCAAAGACGUCCAGCUAGAUGCAUUGCCGCUCUAUGCUUUUCAAGCUUGCCUAGUUACCAAUUUCGAGCGGUGAUUAUUGCCUUAGCUCUCUUAAUGGCUUGUUUGGGACCCGUAAAAAAUAUAAUUCACAACAUCUGCAUUUUGGCGAACACUCUAUACUGCGGGCAAAAUGUACUUAUUCUGGCUUUGAGGCUAAUGCAACGUAUUAUAUAUGAUCCAUCUCAUUCUGUGGAAGAGUCGUUUCAAGGAACGCUGACUGAUGUGCGCAAGCUCAUGAACAAAUUAAAUAAGCUUCUGAUAAAUCUGGAGAGACCCAUCGCUAAGAUACACGACACUUAUAAGAUAUGUGUAGAUUGGCUGGGCCUGCAGAAGGAUCACUUUGACUACAAGAUGGGUACUCCCUAUAAUCGCUGCAUGAAAGCAGGAAACUUAAGUAUUACACAGUGCCAAAGUGAAUUUGGCGAAGAAACAAAAGACUGUUGUAACAAGGAACUCUUUAAUUGGUUCUGUGUUAGUCUUAAUACUCUGAAAACCUUUUUUAACGACAAUCUUCAAUGGACUCAAGUGGUUAUUGAGGAAAUAUUUCAACGUUUGCAGUUAUGCUUUCUUAAAAUCCGAUUUAUUUUUAUAACGACGAUUAGUUUUGAUCAUAGUUUGAAAUUUAAUUCCACGAGCUUACUAACCAAUACCAAAGAUCAUUUACACGAACAGGAUAUAAACCAGCAUUUGGAGUCGCAGAGGCUUAAGUUCUUUUUCGUUUCCCUUUGGCUUGACUUGAUUAUCUUUAUUCUUCUGCUCACGGUUAUCCUCCAAUCCGUGUAUUUUUGGUUUCGCUUCCUGGCGAAUGGAAACUUUGAAAAUGUCUAUAUAACGAAAGAUUUCGAAAGCUUUGAUGAGCAACACUAUCAAGUAAAAGAAGUGAGGGCCUUACCCUUGAGCAAUUGUGAAGAGAAUCAAUAUGUGAAGAUAAGCUCGAUGCGACUUCUGCCCCAAGAGAUCUCUGUAAUGUAUCGCUCCUGUGUUUUUCUGAUAAUCACAGGAAUCCAGCUUUUCUGUAUAUGCUUUGUGGACUAUAGUCUUUAUAGUUUACUGAUGUUGAUGUCCUUUCAUGGCCAUAUGACUGCUGAUCUAAAACCUACCGCUUACAAGAAAAUUGUUAUUAAAGGCGGAGGUAAAAUUGGUGACAUUCUACGAGAGCUUAUUCACGCAUUUGAGCCGAGAACCUCUAAAAUGAAUACCCGAAGAUGUCUUCCAGUCCCAGGGAAGCCAAAAUACAUCCGAUAUUUAUGGAUCUUUUUGCUAUAUUUAUUAGCCUGGCUUAUGGUGUUUUGGGAGCCAUAUGGUCUCCGUCAAAGACACCGUAUUAUGGCAUAUUUUUAUCCAGAGGAAUCAAGUCGAAGAGCUCAGGACUUGCACUAUACCAUACUGAAGGAAAGAAAAACUGUAUUUAAUUCUAGGUGCCAGCGAGCUCGUUUAUUAAACGCUUUUAUUUAUAACAAAGGAAUUUUAUCCAGCAUAGGCUGGUGGAAUUCUCGUCAAAAAUGUGGUUUCCGAGGAACUUUGAUUGGUCAAUCGUGCACUAUUUGCAGUAAACAGCUUACCAGAUCCGAUAAUGUUCCUUGUGAUUUGCCAACCUGUAAUGGAAUCUACUGUAGGAUGUGCUUUCAAGAGUGCAACAAUUUGUGUAUCUUGUGCAGCUCCCGAUACGACAGUGAUAUUUUGGAAUUUGGAUCCAAGUCCAAGGCAACGGCGAAGGUGAUCGCGAAGGCCGGCGUCUGA